AUGCUUCUGUUCUGUUUGGGUUUGAAUACAUUCGGAAGCAAUAAAGAGUCAGAUGUGGAUAUAUGGCUAACCGACCCCGAUAAAUCCAUUUUAUUCCAAAAACGAAGUCCAAUGCAGCUGUCUUUUGGUAAUGGCUCUAAUAUCAAUGCAAGCAUUAUCAAUAUAGAUGAGACACAAAUGUAUCAGUCUAUUGACGGUUUUGGUUUUACUUUAACCGGCGGUAGCGCCAUGCAUAUAAAUCGCAUGAAAGCAACGGCACGUGCAGCCAUGUUAAAAGAAUUAUUUUCCAUAAAUGAUAAUGAUAUUGGCGUUAGCUAUUUGCGAAUCAGCAUAGGUGCAUCGGAUUUAGACGAGUAUGUUUUUUCUUACAAUGAUCUUUCCAGGGAUGAAGAAGCCGAUAUAAACAUGGAUCAAUUUAGUCUAGCGCCUGAUAAAACGCAUUUAAUACCGGUGUUGAAAGAAAUACUAGCUAUUAAUCCAGAUAUAAAAAUAAUGAGUUCGCCUUGGUCCCCACCAACAUGGAUGAAAACGAAUAGAAAUUCAAUAGGCGGCAGUUUACGACCGGAAUAUUACAAUGCAUAUGCAAAAUAUUUUGUCAAAUACAUACAAGAAAUGAAAGCUGAGGGGAUAAUUAUUGAUGCAAUUACAAUUCAAAAUGAACCACUGCAUCCGGGCAAUAAUCCUAGCAUGCUAAUGUUAGCUGAAGAGCAAGCUGCUUUUGUUAAACAGAGUUUGGGCCCUGCAUUUAGAGAACUUGGUAUCAAUACGAAGAUUAUUUUGUACGAUCAUAAUGCCGACAGGCCAGAUUAUCCAAUUACAGUGCUGAAUGAUCUCGAAGCUAAACAAUAUGUGGAUGGCUCUGCCUUUCAUUUGUACGGCGGUAGUAUUGAUGCACUAUUACAGGUACACAAUGCACAUCCAGACAAACACAUAUAUUUCACAGAACAAUGGGUAGGCGCUCCUGGGAAUUUAAAAGGCGACUUGAUGUGGCAUGUUAAAAACUUGAUUAUAGGUGCUACUCGUAAUUGGAGCCGUAAUGUGUUAGAAUGGAACUUAGCAGCUGAUCCCUAUUUAAAACCACAUACGCCGGGCGGCUGUACUCAGUGUUUGGGUGCCAUUACGAUUGAUGGAAACAAUAUUACACGUAAUCCUGCAUAUUAUAUAAUAGCACAUGCAGCUAAAUUUGUGCGCCCGGAUUCUGUAAGAAUUGCAUCUAAUACUCCGCAUAAGCUUCCGAACGUAGCGUUUAAAACGCCAAAUGGCAAAAUAGUUUUAAUUGUGCUGAAUGAAAAUGAUUCUUCGCAAACUUUUAAUAUUUGCUUUAACAGUAACAGGCUUGUUGUUGCUACUGAGCUUAGCGCCGGUACAGUGGGCACUUAUGUGUGGUAA